GCUAAAUAACAAGUUACAUUACAAAUUUCCAGCCAUUACUGCAACUUUUUAAUUUUCAUCUGCUCUGCUUUAUUAGUUAGUAAAAAUAAACAAAAUGCUCUGUUAUAAAUAGUACUGCUAGGCCAUCAGAAAAGGUCCAGCAGCAUUAUGGCAGUAGCAAUACUUUUAACUCCCCCCAAGCUCUCUUCCAUAUAAAUCCAUUGCUCAAAACAGAGAGACUGCAAAAAUAAUAUACUCUUUCUGCUUUGGAGUUGGAGUCUCUCUGCAAGAGUGCAACUCUCAAAGCUCUUUCUCUCUAUAUAUAUUCUUCUUCUAUCGAAAGUGCCAAAAGAAAAAAGAAAAUAUUUCUUCUUUACUGUAGAAAAACCACAGACCCAUAAACCCCAAAGGCCAAAAAACACAUGCUCAACUACUUCUUCCUUCACUUGUUUGCACAAUUCCUCCAUCAUACCAUCACAACUUUCUUCCUUCCCUUUAUUUCUCGAGUUCAUCUUUGGUUCACUUUUCAUCACUUUAGCCCUCCUUGUAUGCUUGCUUAAUCUGGGCUUGGUGGGGGGAUUUUGAAGUUUUAGUUUUUAAGAGUUAGUAGUAAGAAAAGAUGAUCACUUUGUCAGAUUUCUACCAUGUUAUGACUGCUGUGGUUCCACUCUACGUGGCCAUGAUUUUAGCUUAUGGCUCUGUGAAAUGGUGGAAAAUCUUCACCCCUGAUCAGUGUUCUGGAAUCAACCGUUUUGUGGCCCUCUUUGCGGUUCCCCUGCUUUCGUUCCACUUCAUUUCAAGCAACAAUCCUUAUGCCAUGAACCUUAGGUUCAUUGCUGCUGACACCCUUCAAAAGAUCAUUGUUUUGGUGGUUCUUGCUAUUUGGACUAAAGUGAGCAAAAGGGGUUGUUUGGAAUGGACUAUUACAUUGUUUUCCUUGUCCACUCUGCCCAAUACUCUGGUCAUGGGUAUCCCUCUGCUUAAAGGGAUGUACGGUGGAUUCUCUGGGAGUUUGAUGGUUCAGAUUGUUGUUCUACAGUGUAUCAUUUGGUACACUUUGAUGCUGUUCUUGUUUGAGUUCAGAGGUGCAAGGAUGUUGAUUUCUGAGCAGUUCCCAGACACUGCUGGCUCCAUUGUGUCCAUUCAUGUUGAUUCUGAUGUCAUGUCAUUGGAUGGAAGACAGCCGCUUGAAACAGAAGCAGAGAUUAAAGAAGAUGGGAAAUUGCAUAUUACUGUUAGGAAAUCCAAUGCUUCCAGGUCUGAUAUUUACUCCAGAAGAUCACAGGGGUUAUCAUCAAACACACCAAGGCCAUCAAAUUUAACCAAUGCAGAAAUUUACUCUUUACAGUCAUCCAGAAAUCCAACUCCCAGAGGGUCCAGUUUCAACCACACAGAUUUCUAUUCCAUGGUGGCUGGUGGAAGGAACUCAAACUUUGGUGCUAAUGAUGUUUAUGGACUGAGUGCUUCAAGAGGGCCAACUCCAAGGCCUUCAAACUUUGAAGAAGAGACUGGAAACAAUGCAAACAAGUCCAGGUUCCAUCAUUACCCUGCAGGAGCAGCACCAGGAGGAAAUGCUAAUCAUUAUCCAGCUCCUAACCCUGGCAUGUUUUCACCUACUGGUUCCAAAGCAUUGGGAGCUGCCAAUGCAGCAGCUAAAAAGCCUAAUGGCCAACACAAGGAAGAAGGUGGUAAGGAUCUCCAUAUGUUUGUUUGGAGUUCAAGUGCUUCUCCUGUUUCUGAUGUCUUUGGAGGAGGUGGCCAUGACUAUGGAACUUUGGACCAACCAGCAAAAGAAGUUAGAGUUGCUGUGUCUCCUAACAAAGUGGAUGCUCAUAGGGAUAACCAAGAGGAUUACAUGGUGGAAAGGGAUGAUUUUAGCUUCGGAAACAAGGGCAUGGGUGACCACCAUGAUGAUGAGAAAAUGGGUGAUAAACAAGUCAAAACUCUGCCUCCAACCAGUGUAAUGACAAGGCUCAUCUUGAUUAUGGUUUGGAGGAAACUCAUCCGGAACCCAAACACAUAUUCCAGCUUAAUUGGAAUCAUUUGGUCUUUAGUUUCAUUCAGGUGGCAUAUUCAGAUGCCUGCAAUCAUAGCUCAGUCCAUUGCCAUAUUAUCUGAUGCUGGGCUUGGGAUGGCCAUGUUCAGUCUAGGUCUGUUCAUGGCUUUGCAACCGAGGAUCAUAGCAUGUGGGAAUUCAAUAGCAACUUUUGCAAUGGCCGUGAGAUUCCUUGCAGGACCAGCUGUCAUGGCAGCUGCUUCCAUUGCUGUUGGACUUCGUGGAGUUCUCUUACAUGUUGCUAUUGUACAGGCUGCUCUACCUCAAGGAAUAGUUCCAUUUGUGUUUGCGAAGGAGUACAAUGUUCAUCCUGAUAUUCUCAGCACAGGGUGAGUAUAUAUACAUUUUUUAUUUUGAAUAAUUAUAUAUAAAUUUUUUUUAAGUAGUAUUUUUAUAUACUUUUUGAUCAUUUUAUGGAUUAAAAAUGUUGCAGGGUGAUAUUUGGGAUGCUGAUCGCCUUGCCUAUAACUCUAGUAUACUACAUUUUGUUGGGAAUCUGAAGAGGGCAGAAGAGGAAGGUGAUGAUUAUUAGAUGAUAUUUUGCUGAAGUACAUUGGAAGAAAGGGCUUUUAGCUAAUUACAGAACGAAGUAAGGGUUAAUAAUUAGCUUAGUUUUGAAAUUAAAAAGAAAAGAAAGAAGUUCAAACAGCCCCUCAUGGAAUUGCAGAGAAGAAAAGGAGCUACUAAUCCAGAUUGUCCCCCUUAGAUUAGUCUUCAUGGAUCAUCUUUUGUAGCUAUUUAAGCUGUAUAAUCUCGUCUGUAGGACAAUUAAAUUAUCAGAAUGAAAAGAAAAAAAAAAAGAGAUCUCGAGCUUAGAUUAGUUUUAUCAUAUCUGAUGCCUUCUUUCUCUAAUUUUACUUCAUUACAUAUUCCCUUGUGUUGUUCAUUCUUGAAGUUUACAGAACCUAAUUUACUAGCUAAUCUCUAUAUUUCAUUAAUGUAACACGAUUACUCAAAAGGGAGUUUUCAUUCUCGGCAUAAACUACUUGCAUUAUUAAGGAGAAAAUGUAACGGCCUGGC